UAAUGGUCAUUACAUAUUACUCCUUUAUUGGAGCAAAUUUGGCUUACACUUGUUUCCAGUAGUCAUUAUUGAUACAUUAAGGAUAUAUAAAUAUAUAUAUAUACAUAUAUAAACACAUACAUACAUACAAACAUACAUACAUACAAAUAUAAAUAUAUGUAUUUCGAGAUGGAGGAGGAAAUUGAUUUUUACUCGGAUAUAUCUACAAAUGCUUCUAAUACGAACGAUAGCGAAAGUGACGAAUACACAUACGACUACCAUACUUCAAUCAGCACGUUACCUCUCUUGGAAUUGAUACCAGUGGCUAUUAUGUACGGUCUAACUUUAAUUCUUGGAGUAACUGGUAAUGCAUUGGUUAUAUUCUCCAUAGCACAUUACCGAAGAAUGAGAACGCUCACAAAUAUAUUUCUUCUCAGUUUGGCAUCGGCAGAUCUCCUUCUUAUCGUUCUUUGUGUUCCUAUAAAGUUCGCCACAUUCUUUACCUUCACCUGGGAGUUUGGAGAAUUUCUGUGCAAAGCGGUGUAUUAUCUUCAGAACGUAUCUGCGAUUUGUUCGGUGACCACCUUAACAGUCAUGAGCGUCGAGAGGUAUUACGCAAUCAUUUACCCUAUAAAAGCUAAAUAUGUCUGCACUGUAAGUCGAGCCAAAAAAGCGAUUCUCUUUAUUUGGAUUUUAUCAUUUUUUUUGGCUUCACCAAUAAUCAUUGGCCGGAGCCAUGAAGAAGUGGGUUCCAUCAGAAAAGGCUAUUGGUGCAUAGAACACUGGGCAUCGGAUACCAUAGAUAAAAUAUACGAAUUUUAUAUGAUGUCUAUAAUCUUAGUAAUUCCAGUAACGGUCAUGUCUUUUGCCUACACCAGUAUCUGUAAAGAACUAUGGAUUGUCAGCCACACCAGAACGGCUAUGAUAAACGGGCAAAAUGACACAUGUCCUACUCAGAGUACAAAUCUUUCGGAAAAGGAUCCAUUCUAUAAAUCCAGGAUUAAAAUGAAAACGAACACUACAAAAGAUGAUCAAACACGGAAACAGGUUAUCAAAAUGUUGGUCUUGGUCAUCGUUCUUUUUGUCAUUUGCUGGGCACCAAUCUUAACCAACAACUUACUGGUCGCUUACGGUUAUCUGCCCUUGUUGAACUUUGGUUACCUAAAACCAAUGCGGGAAGCCUUUUUCUUGAUGGCUUACUCAAACAGUUGUGUCAACCCCGUUGUUUACGGUUUCAUGUCAAGGAACUUCAGAGAAGCCUUCCUCAAUGCUCUUUGCUCGUGCCUCAGAGGAAAAGAGUACGUCCGGCGGAAGCGGUUUGAACGACACAAUUCCAGCGUGACAAGAUCAACGCAGAUGGGUUACAUCCGGGACAUUGAAAUGGAGGAGUUGGAAAUUUGCUCAAAAUACGGCGCCACAUACGUUCCAGAGAAUGUAUAACGAGGAGAGACUACCAACGAAAACUACAACUUUAAUGAACUAUAUCUUAAGAUACAUGUGUCUCUGUGUGUAUGUGUGUGUAUGUGUAUGUGUAUAUAUAUAUAUAUAUAUAUAUAUAUAUAUAUAUGUAUAUAUAUAUAUAUACAUACAUAUAUAAUUUUGGUAUAUGUUUCUACGUAUUUGCAUUUACCUAGGUAUAUAUGUGUAUGCGUAUGUGUGUAUAUGUAUACAUAUAUAUGGAUAUAUACAUAUAUAUAUACAUAUGAAUAUAUGUACGUAUAUAUUAUAUGUAAUAUGCAUGCAUACAGUAUAUGGGUGUAUGGUGUGUAUGUAUGUAUGAUGUGUAUGUGUGUAGGAUGUGUGUAUGUUUGUACGGUGUCUUUUGAAUUCUGUUUGUGAGUGCCGACAGAUUUAAUCAAAUUCUUUGAACGAUAAAAUAUUCUCUAAUACACUUACUGAGUUCAUUUUAUUCUAUUUGUAUACCCAAAUAUAUUUACACAAAUAUAUUAAU